AUGUGGCCACCAGCAGGACCUGGAUUCGAAGGGGCAGCGUGUCUUUGGACAGUUCCUUAUAUAGAAGACGAUGCUGAUGUAAUUGUGUUAGGCUAUAGACAAACUUCUUUUGCCAGCAUUUUUUCCGAAGAUAUCCUAAAAACCACUCUUAAAGCACAGUCAGAAUAUCGAUGUGAACAAUAUUACCUACCUGAAUACCAAAGAUUUUACGAUCGUAAGAGAAGGACGUCAAAGAAUAUUCUCUGUGCCAUCGAUCCCGAUAAUCGAGGAUCCGCCUGCGAGCGUGAUAGUCGUGGACCCCUAAUUGCAAUAAUCGAGGAAAAACCAUUUGUUGUAGGUCUUAGCGUUGGCUGUCUUUAUGAUUACCCUAUUAUCUACCCGAUGGUUAUAGAAUAUAUUUCUUGGAUCGAAAAAAUCGUCUGGCCCGAUUAUUAUUAA